AAUUACUCCGCGAGGACAAAUUUGAAAGUACACUACCUACAGUUGUAAACAAAUGGUCAAGUUAUAGAUCUGCAUUUCUUGUGGUGAUAGCUUCUUUUAAGGACGCCAUGUAUACCUUGGAUGAACUAGAAGGACUUAAGUAUGCAAAGCUCCAGGAGCUUGCUAAAGAAGCCGGGAUUAAAGCUAAUGUCAAGGCUGAGAAAUUGGUCAGAGAUCUUGCCAAACAUUAUGAUAAUUUGGCAGGAAAAGAUGGAAGCAGUGAGGAGUCUGAUGCUAAAUCUCCAAAGGAAAAACCUGCCAGGAAGAUAGCAAAGGGAAAGAAAGGAAACAAAAGGAAGAAGCAAAUAAAGGCUGACGAAAGUCCAACUGAGACUGACAAACAAGAGAAGGAGAGAAUCAAGACACCAGCAAAGUCCCCCAAGGUCAUGACCCCUAAACCUAAGAGACUGUCAGUUAUCAAAGCAGAAGAAACUAGAUCGUCACCCAAGGCAUCUAAUGGGGCGCCCUCUAUGGGCAGCAAGAGCAACCUACAAGAUGGUGAAGCCAGGAAGAGCAAGGGAACCCCUUCUUCAGCUCAGGGAUUGAAGAGAAAGAGACAAAAUGAAGACAGUUUUCAGAAAACUGCCACUCCACAAGAGCAGCAAUCAGAAAGCCGUGUCUCUACAGGGAGAGCAAAGAGGGUCAGGACGGGGACAUACGACAAGGAGGACAGCAUUAUCAUUGCCAGCAGUCAAUCCAGUAAAAACUCAAGCCCAGCUCUGAGUGGAGGGAAGGAAAGUGCUAGUUUGACUGAAAAGAAAGAAGCAGCAAACAAAACAACAGAAGGAACAAAACCAAAAACCCAGACCAACAUUCCAAGGUUUGCUGCAUUUGCUGCCAAGAAGAAGGCAGAGAAGAAACCAGUAACACCAGGCAAUAAAGACUGGGCUAAGAUUCACCAAAAGAACUUUGACAAAAUGGACUCCAUUGAUGUGUACUUGGAGAAGAAGAGGGAGAGAACAAAGAGCAUUACAGCUUCUGUGAAGAAAGCCCGUAUGCUCACAGAGCAAGCAAAAGCUUCAGUGCAGAAACUGAAGAACCACAGGACACCAACAAACAAGGGUCCAAAGUUUGCUAAACCAGUGAAAGCAUCCCUGUUCAAGUCUCCUCACUCUGGCGUGCCAUUUGUGCCGUCCGUCACGUCCACCUCAAAGAUGAACCUCAACUUCAACGGCAUCCUCAAAACACCCAUUGCCAAAACAGGGCCUACGCCUGGGGAUGGCAUCGCCAAGACAAAGGCCGUGACGGUCAAGUCUCCCGCUAAGGCUGCGGACAAAUCCGGAGACAACACCAAGGAGAAUAAGGAGAAGAGGAAGUCCAUGGUCAAGAGGAAGUCCGUUGGAGACAGCAGGAAGUCCAUUGGAGCUGGAAGGAAGUCCAUUGGAGACAGCAGGAAGUCAAUUGAAGCUGGAAGGAAGUCCAUUGGAGACAGCAGGAAGUCAAUUGGAACAACACCCUUCAAGUUUGGCAACACAACCCUCGGUGCGAACACCACACUGGGAAACACCGCCCUGGACACCAGUCAACCCGCGACCAAUAAAAAGCCAGUAUUUGACCUGAAGGCCAGCUUGGCUAAACCCAUCACCUGGAAGCCCUACACUGGCAAAUUGAAGCCCAUUAACUUUAAGACAGAGGGACAUCAGCAGCUGGCUAACAAGGGCCCAAAAUUGCAAACACGGGAGGACAGACGAGCAGCCGCUUCUCUUCACCGGGCAAACAAGAAAUACGACAUGCAGCUGAAGAGAAGAAAAAUAGCCAAUGCCUGAGUGACUUUUAAUGAGAAAAUGGGGGGAAAAACUUUCAACAUUUCCACCAGCUCCAUGUCAUUAUGCCAUAGUAACUGACUAAUUUUUUUAAAGUGGUAUGCUGGAGGAAUGACGUCACAUCAUUUUGUGGUGUUAGAUCUGUUGGUUUUUAUAUUCUUGGUACAUGUUUACAGCACCGAAAUUGUAGUGACCCUAGAAUUAGCGGUGUACAUAAGGCAGCUUAUAGCGUACAGAUGAAUGCCCAAGAUUUCUUAUUUUUUAUUGUAAAUAAGGAUGUUAACUGGUAAUGUAUUUGUAGUUAAAAGAGUACAUGUGAAGUUGAUUGUAUUUGACUUGUUUGAAUGUCAUGGAUUAGGAAUUUCUUUGAAGUUGUAUUUUAAUUCAUUUUUUAUACAAAAAACAAAUUAUACUUAAUUAUGUAGAAAUGAUUUAAGCUUUUAGAGUCUGUGUACCAACGUACAUUUAGUAUUUCACUACUGUUGUAAUGUUUUGGAUUUAAUCUUCCAAAAUGGGUUUCAUGUAAUAUGGAAUGUGCAUAUAAAACACUGUCUUUGAAACAGUUGGUAAGGGCUCAAGUAAAACAUGAAAAA